AUCACAUCAGUGUAAUUGGCUCCUUCAUGGAAAGGACUUUGUCAAAAAACAUCUUGAGUAGGUCCUUUUGUGAACUGUUAUCUAUUUUCAUGCCUCCAGAUGCAUCCAAAGCUAAACACAGUCAAGAGCUAGAAAAAGUUCAAGAUGACAAGGAAUGUAUGCUGAAGAUACUCACUGAUCAGCUGGAUUUUGUAAACAUGAAGGGGUGUCCAGAACUUGAAACCAUCAGAAGACAUGCAGUGGAUGUGACUCUAGACCCAGAUACAGCACAUCAUAACCUCAUCCUGUCUGAAGACAGGAAACAAGUUAAACGUAUAACAAAACAAGAGAGGUUUGAUAAAGUUCACUAUGUCCUGGGAAAGGAAGGUUUCUCCUCAGGGAGAUUCUACUAUGAGGUACAGGUGGAGGGGAAGACUGGGUGGACUUUAGGAGUGGUCAGAGAGUCCAUCAACAUGAAUAAUAACUUUUACCUGAAACCUGACAAUGGAUGCUGGACUGUGUGGCUGAAGAAAGGAAAGUACAAGGCUCUUACUUGGCCCUCUGUCCCCCUCUCCUUGAGAGAGAAGCCCCAGAAGGUGGGGGUGUUUGUGGAUUAUGAGGAGGGUCAGGUCUCCUUCUACAAUGUGGAGGCCAGGUCUCAUAUCUACUCUUUCGCUGGCUACACCUUCACUGAGAAACUUUAUCCAUUAUUUUAUUCUGAUACUAUUUAUAACAGGUCACUGGUCAUCACUCCUGUAGAUGUCACUGACUGACUGUUUUAUACCAAACAUUGAAAUACUGUGUGUGUGUGUGUGUGUUACUCACAGUCUGAAUGAAUUGGAAUGUGUUUAUCACUAUAUGAUUAUACUAACAGAGAGGAAAUUCACCUUGUAUAAUUUAUGCUGAAUGUUAUCCUUUUGUGGUGGCAGAAUUUGGGGUGAGCUGUUGUAACUUCUCAAGGGAUAUGUUCUGUGUUGGACUGUGAUGUUAUGCCUUUCAUAGACUCCUGGUAUGUCUGCACAAGGCCAUUGUGUUCUGGAACUGUUGCUUGUAUAAAUAACUGUUGUGUAACAAUAUGAUUGUAUUGUCACCUCCCACUAUAUAAGGGACAUGUAACCAUUUAUUCUUUGAACUCAUCCCUGUCAAAUCAGAGACAGAUCUCCCUCGCAACUGCUUGAUUAAAGAUUUUUCUAUUAUACAAUUA